AUGAGGCAAAGCCCGAAGGCGCACGACACCGCGCAGUCGCGCACCGUAGGCGGCGGCGACGCUCUCCCUCCUGGACUCCCGAUAGCCCAGCAGUGCCUUGGCCGCCGGCCCUCGGCGGGCAGCCCUGCACCUGCGUUGCGACCAGUGGCGGCGCGCCUCCUCUGCGCUAUUGGUGGGUGCAUGCCUCUGCGGCUGCGGGCUGCACCUGCGUGCGGCAUGCUGGCAACCGCGGCAGCGACGAUCGACCGGCGCGCGGUCACUAUCGAAGAGAGCAACUGCCUCUUGGCCAAGAUCGUAGAGGAGCUUGGGGAGGCUGAACAUCACUGGCUUUCUUCAUCGCGCCUGUCUUCUUUGGCGCCGGCGCAGACACCUUGGUGCCUCCACGACCGAUGGAAUGAGAGCGCGGGAGGACAGCAGCUCCAGCACGCGCAGUGCCAGCAGCCGCGACGACGCCUUCAUGCUUCGCGGGGGCAGGCGCUGGGACAAGAGACGGAGGAGAAGGCAAGGCAGCCAAAAUUUUGCAAUCUAGAAGUUUGCCCUACCUCUAUUUUUGAGUUGGGUCCGCCACUACGUCCCUGUCGGAAGACGAGUCGGCGGCAGCUUGUGACGGCUGAGACGAUGCAAGUGCUCUGGUUGUACUCUAAGUUGUUCAGUUCUCAAGGCAUCGAGUACUUUGAUGGUGAGAGGUUGCCUGAGUUUGUUGGUCCCAAUGAAUUAAAUCUAAGGUGGCAGAUUAUUUUUCAAUGGACCAGGCAACAAGAUAAAACUUCUACUUCCUUGAUCUUUCCAGAGAUUAUUUUCCAUGGUCCCAGUGUGAUUGAGAAGAAGGGAAAAUACCGACUGCCUGUGAACCUACUGGACUAG